UACCCGGAAGUUGUUUUUUUUUCUCAACAUCAUGAACAUGGUGGACACCGGAGGUGUCCCUUGUUUUAUUUUAGCGUUCUUGCUAGUUAUCGACAGGGUAGCUUCAAGUUUGUUGUCAGUUGAGGAAUGCAGGAAUCUUGGUUUUGUCUCCACUGAUCUGAUGCAAGAUGCCUGUAAUGAACUGGACCAGUUCAACUUGUCUUCAUUAAAAGAGAGCUGUUUGAAGUGUAGCCAGAAAGAAGAGUCAGAAAGUGAAGCCACAAAACUUUAUCCAUAUGCUGAGUUGCAUGUGUGCAGCUGAAAAUUGGGACGGUUCCCACAAGUGCAGGCAUUUGUGAAGUCGGACCGUAUCAAACAAUUUCCUCGUCUGUCUGUGCGUUAUGUGCGGGGUAUGGACCCUGUGAUAAAGCUGAUGGAUGAGAAUCGUAAUGUUGUGGAGGAGCUCGGAAUUGAUAAAUGGAACACAGACUCUGUGGAAGCUUUCUUUCAAGAAAGAUUACAAAAAAAUUAAGUUUUAUGUUUAACCGUUCAGUUACAUAAUAGGUUUCAAAAUUUAUUUCAAAUAUUAAUUUAACUAUUUCUUGAAAUUUUAAGGCUUAAUUGAGUAAAGAAUCCCAGUAACACAUCACAUCAACACCUAAAAAAGUUCAUCACAUUGAAAGUGUCAUUAAAAAAUACAAUGUAUUAAGAUAAUCAUGUAUGAUUAUUUUCCUUCAAAUAACAUCAAAUCACACACAAGUUCAUAAUUUCAUGGUUACAUAUGUGAUUUUUUAACUUGAGUCAAUAUCUUUUUCAUUGCUAAGAGUCCUGUGAUCACAGAUUGUGAAACCAUGAUGCUUUAACACAAUGCGUUUCUCCUGGUUUGUAAUGAAUCAUCUAGAUUACAGGUUGAGCCUGAACAAAGACCUGCUUCAAUGAAGGCAUUGCAGGAAACCUCAUCAGAGGUCAGCUUUGCCGGAUCCCAGAUCCUGGUUCAGGCUUUGCUGGAACCAGAUGGGUCAUAAUAAACUGGAAGACUGCAGUGUGUCAUUUGUAAAAUAAAUAUAAACAAAUGUGUUUUAUGUA